AUGACGACCGAGGAGGGUCCCGGAGUGCCGGGCGCGGCUCAGGUGGGGGUGGGGCUGUGUGAGGACUACGGCCCCGCCCAGGGGGAGGAGGCCAUCGAGGAGGUGGGGCCCGGCGGCGGCGGCGACGACGCCAGCAGCGACCUGAGCGCCCUGGUGGUGCCGUUCCCGGAGCUGGCGCCCGUCGUCUUCUUCUGCCUCAAGCAGACCACCUUCCCCCGCAGCUGGUGCAUCCGCAUGGUCUCAAGCCCGUGGUUCGAGCGCAUCAGCAUCAUGGUGAUCCUGCUGAACUGCGUGACCCUGGGCAUGUACCAGCCCUGCGAGAACAUCGACUGCUCCUCUGACCGCUGCCAGAUACUGCAGGCGUUCGAUGCUUUCAUCUACAUAUUUUUUGCACUGGAGAUGGUGGUGAAGAUGGUGGCACUGGGGAUCUUCGGCCGGCGCUGUUACCUGGGAGACACCUGGAACAGGCUGGAUUUCUUCAUUGUGAUGGCAGGGAUGGUCGAAUACUCCCUGGAUCUCCAGAACAUCAACCUCUCCGCCAUCAGAACAGUGCGGGUACUUCGGCCGCUCAAAGCCAUCAACAGGGUUCCAAGUAUGCGCAUCCUGGUGAACCUGCUCUUGGACACCCUUCCCAUGCUGGGCAACGUGCUGCUGCUCUGCUUCUUCGUCUUCUUCAUCUUCGGCAUCAUCGGCGUGCAGCUGUGGGCGGGGCUGCUGCGAAACCGCUGCUACCCGGAGGAGAACUUCACCCUGACCACCGGCGUCACCCUCCCCGCCCCUUACUACCAGCCCGAGGAAGACGACGAGCGGCCCUUCAUCUGCUCGCUGGCAGCCGACAACGGCAUCAUGUCGUGCCGGGACGUGCCGGCGAGGAGGGAGGGCGGGCGCGAGUGCUGCCUGGACAAGGAUGACGUUCUGCAGCGGCAGGAGCUGGGCCUGAGCCCUGAGCCGCUGGUCAACGGCAGCGUCAGCACGGCGGGCCUCUGCAUCAACUGGAACCAGUACUACACCCGCUGCUUCACCGGACACAGCAACCCGCACAAGGGCGCCAUCAACUUCGACAACAUCGGCUACGCCUGGAUCGUCAUCUUCCAGGUGAUCACGCUGGAAGGCUGGGUGGAGAUCAUGUACUACGUGAUGGAUGCCCACUCUUUCUACAACUUCAUCUACUUCAUCUUCCUCAUCAUCAUCGGCUCCUUCUUCAUGAUCAACCUGUGCCUGGUGGUCAUCGCCACGCAGUUCUCCGAGACCAAGCAGCGGGAGCACCAGCUGAUGCAGGAGCAGCGGGCACAGUGCCUCUCCUCCAGCACGCUGGCCAGCAUGGCCGAGCCGGGAGACUGCUACGAGGAGAUCUUCCAGUACGUGUGCCACGUGCUGCGCAAGGCCCGCCGCCGCUCCGCCGCCCUCUACAACACGCUGCGCGGCAGGCCCGUGCCAGCAGGGGGCGGCAGAGCGCGGGCCGGCAGGGCCCGGGGCGACGCCGACGCCAACGGAGGGGACGGGCGCAGUCGCCGGCCGCGCCCAUCUCGCUGUCCACUGCACCAAGGGCUGCAGGACCACAACCCUCAACCCCUGGAGAACGCUGCCGGCCUCCCCGUCACUCCCAACCCGGAGGACUGCCCCCACUGCAUAGCCCUCAGGGAAAGCUCGGCCAAUGGGGGAGAGGAGGGCGGGGCUGUGGAGGAGAUGGACGGGGAGAGUAACCACCUGGAGGAGAGGAGUGGAGAGGAAGCGGAGAGCGAGACCGCCAAGAAGAAGCGGACGUGCAUAGGCCGGUGCAAAGAACUCUGGGACGAGAUGCGAGUUAAGCUCUGGGGCAUCGUGGAGAGCAAGUACUUCAACAGAGGCAUCAUGAUCGCCAUCCUCAUCAACACCAUCAGCAUGGGCAUCGAGCACCACGAUCAGCCCGAGGAGCUGACCAAUGUUCUGGAGAUCAGUAACAUUGUGUUCACCAGCAUGUUCACCCUGGAGAUGAUCCUCAAGCUCACUGCCUUCGGCUUCUUCAUCUACCUGCGCAACCCCUACAACAUCUUCGACGGCAUCAUCGUCGUCAUCAGUGUGUGUGAGAUCAUCAGCCAGUCGGACGGGGGUCUGUCGGUGCUGCGAACCUUCCGCCUGCUGCGUGUGAUCAAGCUGGUGCGUUUCAUGCCGGCGCUGCGCCGGCAGCUGGUGGUGCUGAUGAAGACCAUGGACAACGUGGCCACCUUCUGCAUGCUCCUCAUGCUCUUCAUCUUCAUCUUCAGUAUCCUGGGCAUGCACAUAUUUGGCUGUAAAUUCAGCCUGAAGACAGAGGCCGGGGACACGGUCCCAGAUAGGAAGAACUUUGACUCCCUCCUGUGGGCCAUUGUCACUGUGUUCCAGAUCCUGACUCAGGAAGACUGGAAUGUGGUUCUGUAUAACGGCAUGGCCUCCACCUCCCCCCUGGCGGCUCUGUACUUCGUGGCCCUCAUGACCUUUGGGAACUACGUCCUGUUCAACCUGCUUGUGGCCAUUCUCGUGGAGGGGUUCCAGGCCGAGGGGGAUGCCAAUCGAUCCUACUCCGAUGAUGAUAGGUCCUCCAUUAACUAUGAAGAGGGCGAGAAGCAGAAAGAUCCACUGCAACUCUCAGAUCCAAAGAUUUGCACCUUGACUCCCAACGGCCACCUGGACCUGGCCCCGCCCACCACGGGCAAGGGUGUGUACCAGGCCGAGAGGGUGACCCUGGCGCUGGGGGCACGAAAGAGCAGCGUCAUCUCUCUGGGCAAGGCCAACCUGGAGCAGAGGGCGCUGUGUGCUGGCCGCAGUUCCCACUACCACAACUGGGGGCGCCCUCCUCCGCAGUCGGCCUGGAGCCGGAGGUCCAGCUGGAACAGUCUGGGCAGGACGUCCCGUGGGCUGGGGACAGGAGGGGGCAGCCUGCGAGCCCGCAGUGCCCACUCCAACCCGGCCGAGCACGAAUCCCUCCUCUCCCCGCCCCCUCUGCCGCCACCCCCUUUGCUGCCCCGCCACUUCGCCCCCCGCAGAGACAGGCGUGCCCUCUCCCUGGAGCUCCCCGAACUGCUGCAGGUCCCCGGGCCCCCCCUGCACCCCCUGCCCCGCAAGAAGAGCUUCUCGGGAGGCCUGGGAGGGUCAGGGGGUGUCGGCGAGCACCAGGACUGCAAUGGGAAGACCCCCACUCCCCAGCCCCCGCUCCUGGGGGAGGUAUUCCCCCAGCUCAACACCCGCAAGGAGAGAGAGGAGCUGGAGGAGGAGAUUGACUAUAGUCUGUGUUUCCGGAUCCAGAAGAUGGUGGAAGUCUACCGGCCCGAUUGGUGUGAGGCCCGGGAGGACUGGUCCAUUUACCUCUUCUCUCCUCAGAACAAGUUCAGAUUGCUCUGUCAGUCCAUCAUCGCACACAAGCUGUUUGAUUACGUUGUGCUGGCCUUCAUCUUCUCCAACUGCAUCACUGUGGCCCUGGAGAGGCCAAAGAUCCACCAGGGCAGCCUGGAACGGCUCUUCCUCACAAUCUCCAACUACAUCUUCACCGCCAUCUUUGUGGGAGAGAUGACUCUAAAGGUGGUGUCAAUGGGCCUGUAUCUAGGAGAGCAGGCCUAUUUGCGCAGCAGUUGGAACAUUCUGGAUGGCUUCCUUGUCUUUGUCUCUCUUAUUGACAUUGUUGUGUCAAUGGCGGGUGGGGCCAAGAUCCUGGGUGUGCUCCGAGUACUCAGGCUGCUUCGAACACUGCGCCCCCUCAGGGUCAUCAGUCGAGCUCCAGGGUUAAAGCUUGUGGUGGAGACUCUGAUCACCUCUCUCAAGCCCAUCGGCAACAUUGUCCUCAUUUGCUGCGCUUUUUUCAUCAUCUUUGGCAUUCUGGGAGUUCAGCUCUUUAAAGGCAAGUUCUUCUACUGCCUGGGUCCAGAUGUGAAAAAUAUCACCAACAAGUCUGACUGUCUCUUGGCCAAUUACAAGUGGGUCCAUCAUAAGUACAACUUCGACAAUCUGGGCCAGGCUCUGAUGUCCCUGUUUGUGCUGGCUUCCAAGGACGGCUGGGUCAACAUCAUGUACCAUGGCCUUGAUGCAGUUGGCAUUGACCAGCAGCCCAUCACCAACAACAACCCCUGGAUGCUGCUCUACUUCAUCUCCUUCCUGCUGAUCGUCAGCUUCUUCGUGCUCAACAUGUUCGUGGGCGUGGUGGUGGAGAACUUCCACAAGUGCCGGCAGCACCAGGAGGUGGAGGAGGCCAAGCGACGUGAGGAGAAGAGGCUGAGGCGUAUGGAGAAGAAGAGGCGGAAGGCCCAUAAGUUGCCGUAUUAUGCCAGCUACAGCCACAUGAGGCUGAUGAUCCACACUCUGUGCACCAGCCACUACCUGGACCUCUUCAUCACCUUCAUCAUCUGUGUCAACGUGGUCACCAUGUCCCUGGAGCACUACAGCCAGCCACACUCGCUGGAAAUAGCCCUCAAGUACUGUAAUUACUUCUUCACCUCCACAUUCGUACUGGAGGCUGUUCUGAAGCUCAUUGCCUUUGGAUUCCGACGAUUUUUCAAAGACAGGUGGAACCAGCUGGACCUGGCCAUCGUGCUGCUGUCAGUGAUGGGCAUCACGCUGGAGGAGAUCGAGAUCAGCGCCGCCCUGCCCAUCAACCCCACCAUCAUCCGCAUUAUGCGGGUGCUGCGCAUUGCGCGAGUGCUGAAGCUGCUGAAGAUGGCCACUGGAAUGCGAGCCCUGCUGGACACUGUGGUUCAAGCCUUGCCCCAGGUGGGGAACCUGGGGCUGCUCUUCAUGUUGCUCUUCUUCAUCUACGCGGCGCUGGGGGUUGAGCUGUUUGGGGAACUGGUGUGUAACGAAGAUUACCCCUGUGAAGGCAUGAGUCGCCACGCCACCUUCGAAAACUUCGGCAUGGCCUUCCUCACGCUCUUUCAGGUCUCCACGGGGGACAACUGGAACGGCAUCAUGAAGGACACUCUGCGGGAGUGCCCGACAGGCGAGUACGCCUGCAACCCCAGCCUGCAGUUCAUCUCGCCGCUGUACUUUGUGAGCUUCGUGCUGACGGCCCAGUUCGUGCUCAUCAACGUGGUGGUGGCGGUGCUGAUGAAGCACCUGGACGACUCCAACAAGGAGGCGCAGGAGGACGCCGAGAUGGACGCCGAGAUCGAGCUGGAGCUGGCCCAGGGGGGACUCUGCUGCCUGGGGGGGCUGGGCGGAGGAGGUGGUGGGGGAGGAGGUGGGGGUGACCGAGGAGUGGGAGACGGAGUCGGACGACAGAACUUGGUCAGCAACCCUAAUCCUAACCCCGCUAACUCUGCCCCCAACUCCGGCCCCCACGACCCAAAUAACCCCCGUAAGCUCUACUCCCCGGCCCAGGAGAACCUCUGGCUGGACAGCGUCUCCCUCCUAAUCAAAGACUCGUUCGAGGGGGAGCUGCUGAUGAUCGACAAUCUCUCAGGCUCCGUCUUCCACCACUACUCCUCCCCCCCCAUCUGCAAGGACUGCAAGCGGCACCCGCAGGAGAUCCGAUUGGCUGAGGUGGAGCAGGCAUCACUGAGGUCAGAGCAGCUCUCGGACAAGUCCUCUUCUCCGGCGCUGCCCGAUGACCUCAGCCUGGAUGAGCACAGCGUGUACCAGCUGCUGGUGAGAGAAGGCAAGGAUGAGAGGGGCAGCAGCGAUUCCCACAGCAGCCAGCAGGGGGACACCGAGUCUGCGCCCCACAGCCCUGGGACAGAGGAAGGGGGGACGCUGCUGGAGACGGGCUUCCAAAAUCAGCCCCAACUGGCACAGCACACCCCCUCCCACGGCACAGGUGGCGCUCUCUGCAGUAGUGAAAGUGGUGGAGGUGGGGAGGGAGGCAGGUCACCCGGUCUCUUCCACCUCCCUGCAGAGUUCUUCCACCCUGCCUCUGCAGCCCCUCCGGCUGCCUCCGGGGGAAGGAGGGCGUCCAGGGCCAGAGGCUCCAGGCUCACCUCUCCUGCAUCCUGGGCCUCACUCCGGUCCCCGGGGGCCAACAGCAGGGUGCUCGGCACACAGUAUCCAUCCCACAGUGACUCGUCUCUGGCUACGGGGAGCUCAGAGGGCAGCCUGCAGACCACGCAGGAGGAGGGCUUGAGCUUCAGCGUGUCACCCCCACGAGAUCUCCCUCUGAUCUGCCCACUCCCAGAUGCCACCAGCUGCUCCCCUGGAAAGACUCUCGAGCCCCAUGUACACCCCUUAGCCAACCCUCCGGCUGUGUUUAACCUCCAGGCCACAAGAGGGCACCAAAGGAGUCAGAGCAGCUGUGGCGGCAGCACCAGCCCUGGCUGUAACAGACAGGACUCUAUAGAUCCCUCUGAUGAGGAUCUGGGCAUAGGGAUCGGAGGAUGUGGAUCUAGUCAGGCCUGCAACAGCGAACAUUUAUCAGAGACAUUGAGUAGCCUGUCUUUGACUUCACUACUUUCUCCCAGCUGUCUGGCUCCCCCACUGGUGAAAAAAUGUAACAGCACUGGUAGCCUGGAUCAAGCUAACCUAACAACAAGGGGGAAAGAAGGGCGGCAGCAUUGUGGCACAGACCCACAGGGUUACCUCUUAAACCCCUGGACGGAUGAGAAGGGGAGCAGAGGUGGAGGGGCAGGAGUGACAGAAUUACAAACGAAAAGUACAAGCCAGACAACAGUAGUGGCCGCUAGGAAAAACAGAUGAAACAUUCUCUUUUUCUUGCUCUCCAUUGGCCCCCUCUUCUUCCCUCUCCUUCACCGGAGAGCCGUCUGAAACACGAUGUUCCGUAAACUCUGUUCCCCUGUCUCUUUCCUUUGUGAUGCAACCCUAUUUCGCUUAUCCCCUGGAGUGGAGGAUUUUGAAAGAUCUUCAUUUCGAGGGGAUUACAAUGAACCUUAAAGGGGGGAAGACAGCAGAGAUCUAUUGGCUAUUGUCUCUCUGGUGAGAUAUGGAUAUGGAUAUAAAGGUACUGUUCAAAAGGACUAUUACAGGUUUGAAAGAAGAGGAUAAAAACAAUAAAGGAGCAUGAAUGCAAAAAAAAAAAAAAAGACAUGGAGAGCCUUGUUGGGCUUUCAACGAUUUUCAUUAAUGGUGGUUCAAAAAGCAAAAAAAAAAAAAAAGUUAAAAAAAAAAAAAA